AGGCGUGACAAAGACGGACUUUGUGUCUGAGUGUGCGCCUCGCUCCAGCCGCGAGCAGCGAACUGUGCCCGGCGUGUGUGGCUCUCGGGCGAGCCAGGACGAAGGUGACGGAGGCUGGGCGAGGCGCACCAAGGCGGCCCCGCGCGUGUCCGUGGGCGAGCGCUGGGACAUGCGGGACGGGAGAGCCAGGCGCGAGGUGUGCCGGGCUGCACCCCAAACCGCUUUCGGGAGGGAGAGAGGAGUCCGGAAAGUGAGUGCGCGUGAGUGCGCGCGCCCGCGUGCGGGGGCGUGGCAGUAAACAGCACAACACUCGCUCGGGCUCUGCCAGAAACUCGCAGCUCCCUCCCUGGCCGGAAAGUGCGCCUCGCCGGAGCCUGGAGGGACCCAGCUGGAGCCUGGCCUGGGAGCCAGGAUGGCCAUCCCUAAAGCCUUGCUGACCUGCCUGGGGCUGCCUCUCUUCCUCUUCUCAGGGGCCCAGGCCCAGAGCCGUGUGCCACCAGGCUGCAGCCCGGACCUCAACCCCCUCUACUACAACCUGUGUGACCGCUCCAGGGCUUGGGGCAUCAUCUUGGAGGCAGUGGCUGGGGCGGGCAUUGUUACCACUUUUGUCCUCACCGUCAUCCUUGUGGCCAGCCUCCCCUUCGUGCAGGACACCAAGAAGCGGAGCCUCCUGGGAACCCAGGUGUUCUUCCUGCUGGGGACCCUGGGCCUCUUCUGCCUCGUCUUUGCCUGCGUGGUGAAGCCGGACUUCUCCACCUGUGCCUCUCGCCGGUUCCUCUUUGGAGUUCUGUUCGCCAUCUGCUUCUCCUGCCUGGUGGCUCACGUCUUUGCCCUCAACUUCCUGGCCCGGAAGAACCACGGGCCCCGGGGCUGGGUGAUCUUCACCGUGGCCGUGCUUCUGACCCUUGUGGAGGUGAUCAUCAACACCGAGUGGCUGAUCAUCACGCUGGUCCGGGGCGGUGGCGAGGGUGGCCCUUCGGGCAACGGCAGCGCUGCCUGGACCCCAGCCUCCCCGUGUGCCAUCGCCAACAUGGACUUUGUCAUGGCGCUCAUCUACGUCAUGCUGCUGCUGGUGUGUGCCUUCGUGGGGGCCUGGCCUGCCCUGUGUGGCCGCUUCAAGCGCUGGCGCAAGCACGGGGUCUUUGUGCUGCUCACCACGGCCACCUCCAUUGCCAUCUGGGUGGUGUGGAUUGUCAUGUACACCUACGGCAACAAACAGCAUAACAGCCCCACCUGGGAUGAUCCCACGCUGGCCAUUGCUCUUGCCGCCAAUGCCUGGGCCUUCGUCCUCUUCUACGUCAUCCCUGAGGUUUCCCAGGUGACCAAGGCCAGCCCAGAGCAAACCUAUCAGGGGGACAUGUACCCAACCCGUGGCGUAGGUUAUGAAACUAUCCUGAAAGAGCAGAAGGGUCAGAGCAUGUUUGUGGAGAACAAGGCAUUUUCCAUGGAUGAGCCAGCCUCAGCUAAGAGACCGGUGUCACCAUACAGCGGGUACAACGGCCAGCUGCUGACCAGUGUGUACCAGCCCACUGAGAUGGCCCUGAUGCACAAAGGCCCGUCUGAAGGAGCUUACGACGUCAUCCUCCCACGAGCCACCGCCAACAGCCAGGUGAUGGGCAGUGCCAAUUCCACCCUGAGGGCCGAAGACAUGUAUGCGGCCCAGAGCCACCAGGAGGCCACACCGCCGAAAGACGGCAAGAACUCCCAGGCUCAGUCCCCGCAAAAUAAAACGAGAUGGUAGAAGCCCUCUUCCCUGAACCACACGCCGUCCUGAUGUCCUCAUGGCUCUGUCCGGGCUGGGCAGGGCCCACCACCUCUCCCCUCCUUGUCAUUGGAGCUGGGAGGGACCAGAGGCCACCACCCUGAAGCAGUGGACUGAGUGGGUAUCUAUCUGUGAAGCCCCGAGGUGUGUGGCUGGGGCCCAAGGGCCAGCCCAGCCUUUCCUGGUCCCCAAGUGACUGAGGCCACAAGGAUCUGCAGAAUGGCCAGGGCUGCCUCCGUCCCCCCUCGACGCCCUUCCCCCCCCAAUCAUAGCCUGUGUGUCCCCAUGCCGUGGUUCUGGUGGCCAUCCUCAGAUGCCCUGUCUUCACCCCAUGGGCCUUCUGGCUGUCUCGGUGUCCGGCAUCUGCUUGCCCCGCCUGUGCCUGGGUGAAUUUCCUCCAUGAGUGUUGGGAGCAGAGCCCUGGCGGAAGUGGGCUCCUUCCUGUCUUUCUCAUCGGGGCCUCCUGUCACCACCUGGAGCCUGGAAGGCCCCUGAGCUGGGACAGAUCUCAGCUCGAGGCCUAGGCGACACCGCUCCUCUGCGUGGCUUGUGGGCACUGGAUCUGAGCCCCUUUGGUGCUUCCCAACGUGCCCCUUUAUGCCACGGCCCCAUGCCUUCCCCACCUGCAAUGAGCCGGGGUGCAUCAAGACACAAGGUGGGGUCUGGGGCUGCAUUCUCGGGGGCCAGUUAAGAGUCCUGGACCACACGGGUUGGGGUCUCAGCUGCUCACAGAACUGGGACUUGGCUGAUGUACGGAUUUCUGCUGGCACUGCUCUUCUCUCCCAUGAUCUGCUGCAGAGGGUCCUGAUGGCCACGCAGGGAAUGGAGGGGGGACAUCCUUUAAGACCUGAUGAUGGAGGCACUAAGGACAGAGAUGUGUACAGCUGCAGACUCGUGGGAACGAGGUCCCCUGACUUUGUCCUGCCCUCUGGUACCAGGCAGAGCAGGCUGGUCUGAGGGGAGCUCCCCUGGCGCAACCCUGGAGCUCAGUUCUCAGCGCAUGUCACCUCUGGGGGCCUGGGGUGAGGGCGAGGACAAGAUCAGGACCCCACCUUGCCCUGUUAUCCGCCCACAGCUCUCCAGGGCCACCGUCCUGCCCCCAGCAGUCUGUGCCUUUGUUAACUGGAAUAUUUUUCCAGAGCAAAAUUGGGCGAACAGGUCUUGCAGGGAGAGUAAGGCCAUACAGCCAUGUGUGACAGCACCGCGCCCCCUCCCCCCCCAUUACCAAUCCUUGUGCUGGGUUACUUAGCUCCAUGAGUGGAGUGUUACUUCCCUCUGAUGGAGGGGAAGGGGGGGCUCUGUGCACCUCAGGCUUCUCUUGAUCUAGGUUAGUGGCCCCAAGAUCCCUUACAGUGAAUAAAGGCACUGUCUUUGCUUUUCAAA